AUGAUGGUGGAGUUUGUGGUGGAGAUGAAGGCGAAGUUGCUGGUUGUGGUGAUGGGAUGGCAGUGGUGGAGGUGUGUGUGUGGUGGUGGUGGUGGUGGUGGUGGCAACAUGGUGUGGUUGGUGGAUGUGGAGGUUUGGAGGAGUGGUGAUGGUGGUUGUGCAAAUGAGGAGGCGGUGAUGUUUGGAGUGGUGGUGGCGGAGGAUUGA